AUGAGUUGUGAAAAUCUUUCAGUGCCAACUUUACCAUCAUCGGAAUCCAUUUCAUCAUCCAAUAAUCCAAUUACCUAUCGAUUCUAUGAAGGAGAACACGACAUUACAAUUAUUAAAGCUCUUAUGGAUGUACAUUUGAGUGAACCCUAUUCGGUUUAUACUUAUCGAUUUUUCAUGAAUGAUUGUCCUCGACAAACAGUGUUGGCCUUUGAUGGCGAUAAGUUUGUUGGAGCCUGUGUCGGAAAUAGUGGAGAUCAUCGUGGAAAGAGUAUACGAGGAUAUAUUGCCAUGUUGGCUGUGGAAAAACCAUACAGGAAACGAGGAAUAGCUUCCGAGCUUGUCAAAAGAGUCAUUGAUGAAAUGAGAAAAGCAAACUGUGAUGAAGUUGUUUUGGAGACUGAGCUUUCAAACACGUCAGCUCUUUCAUUUUAUGAAAAGUUAGGAUUUGUGAGAGACAAACGAUUGCAUAAAUAUUAUUUAAAUCAAGGAAGUGCUUUUCGAUUGAAACUAUAUCUCAAGAAGGAGCAACCAAUAUUAGAAAAUAAUUCAAGUGAAAUUAAAUCUACCAUUUAG